CCCACUUCCCCACCACCACCACCACCACCCACACCCCCCAUCUCUUAUAGCCUCUGCUGUUGGGUACAUCUCUUUCUGCUCUGUUCCAUCUCAUAUAAGAGAAAUCCAAAUCCCCUUAGCCUUACAAAAUCUCAAAGAGAAUUUGCAGACUUCUCUGCUUUCCCUUCAGUACUUAGCCCCUUCAUUAAUUCUUCUUCUUCUUCUUUGUUUGGAAUAAUAGUUGUUUUGGUUCAGAAAGUAUGCCUGGAAGUUUAGAGCCUCUUGAUUUAAGUGUUCAGGUACCUUACCAUUUCAGGUGUCCGAUCUCGCUUGAGCUCAUGCGUGACCCUGUCACCGUUUGUACCGGUCAGACCUACGACCGCUCCAGUAUUGAGUCUUGGGUUGCUACCGGUAACACUACUUGUCCGGUCACUCGGUCUCCUCUCACCGAUUUCACUCUCAUUCCUAACCAUACCCUUCGCCGGUUAAUCCAGGAUUGGUGUGUGGCCAACCGUGCUUUUGGUAUUGAACGCAUCCCCACGCCCAAACAGCCGGCGGAGCCCAGUUUGGUGAGGUCUUUGUUGAACCAAGCUGCGUCCGAGUCUAAUCCAUAUCAGUCUCGCCUCUCUGCCCUUCGUCGCCUCAGAGGACUCGCUCGUGACUCGGAUAAGAACAAGUCCGUUAUUUCUUCUCAUAAUGCACGAGAAGUAUUCGUUAACCUUCUUUUUGAGAACGCUGCGGAUUCUAAUUCGUCGGAUUUGAGCCACGAGGCACUGGCGCUUCUGGUCAUGUUUCCGCUCACCGAGUCAGAGUGUGUGUGCAUAGCUUCAGACUCGGAGAGAAUAAUCUACUUAGCCAAUCUCUUGUUUAAUUCCUCAAUAGAAGUCCGAGUCAACUCGGCUGCACUCAUUGAAAUCGUAGUUGCCGGUACAAAAUCCUCAGAUCUUCGAGCUCAAAUCAGCAACGUAGACGAAAUCUUUGAAGCAGUAAUUGAAAUGUUAAAGAACCCUAUCUCUUAUCCUCGCGCACUCAAGAUUGGAAUAAAAGCUCUAUUCGCCUUGUGCCUCGCGAAACAGACCAGGCACAAGGCUGUAGCCGCCGGAGCGGCGGAUAUUCUAAUAGAUAGACUGGCGGAUUUUGACAAAUGCGACGCGGAGAGAGCGCUAGCUACCAUAGAGUUGCUGUGCAGAGUGCCAGCUGGGUGCGAGGCAUUUGCGGGGCACGCGCUGACCGUGCCGUUACUGGUGAAGACAAUAUUGAAAAUAUCAGACAGGGCAACAGAAUACGCGGCGGGAGCUCUGCUGGCGCUAUGCACGGCGUCGGAGCAGAGCCAAAGGGAGGCGGUGAGCGCGGGGAUAUUAACGCAGCUGUUGUUGCUGGUGCAGAGUGAUUGUACGGACAGAGCGAAGAGGAAGGCGCAGAUGUUGCUAAAGUUGCUUCGGGACUCAUGGCCUGAGGAUUCCUCGGGGAUUUCCGAUGAUUUCAUCUGCAGUGAGGUCGUUCCAUUCUGAUGGAUUGGAUUGGGAUUGGGAUGGGAUCAUCCUUCCUUGUUCAUGCUCAUAAUUCUUCUUCUUUCUCUUUUCAAAUUUUUUAAUUUCAAAGUUCUUAGUUUUUAGUUAAAAAAAAAAAAAGAAAAGCCAAAAGAGAUGGAAAUUCAGGUUCUAGAUUGGUAUAUAGAGGAAGGGAGAGAUUGUAACUCUGUAUGUAAUUUUGUAUGUAAGCAUUUUUGUUAAAAAGAUUUUAAGGAAAGUUGAAAAGCAAUUGAAAAGUUA